AAUUUGUUUGGAGCUUGUAAGCCAUGUGAGCUAGGAUUAGAAUGUCAAGAUGAUUGCGUAAAUCUUAAAGAUGGCUUUUGGUGGAAAUGGAAGAAUAAGACACACCGUGAGCUGUACAGAAACUUCACAAAAACGGCAAAGGACUCCUCAUUUACUCCUGAAUUACACAACGCGAAUGAUUCCCGUAUCGUAUACCCGUACACCAUUCCUCAUCCGUACAGAUGCCCCAUGACAGAAGCUUGUAAGGGAGGUUUGAAUUCUUCAUGUAAUUCUGGUUAUGAAGGACCAUUAUGUGCAGUUUGCAGUGAUGGAUAUUAUAAACAACUGAAGAAAUGCAAACUGUGCCCAACUAAAGGACGGAUGAUCGGACAGUUUGCAAUUAUGGGGGCAAUAGUUAUGUUACUGGUUAUUAUCGUGGUGUGGAGAAGCAAGAAAAAGAGCAAAAAAGAUGUUGGACGAUCUUUUCUUGACAAGGCCCUUGGAAGUAUUAAAGUUACAAUUGGCUUUUAUCAAGUGACUUUUGGUAUCAUGGAAGCGUUUUCAUACAUUAAGUGGCCUGAAAGUCUCUCAGUUAUUGGAGGAUAUUCCGAGAUUGUUCAGGUUGACAUUGUUCAGAUAGCUCCCGUCCACUGCAUCAUUCCCGGAUUGAAAUUUGACGCAUUCGCAAGUCUUUUUGCAGUUAUGGGAUUGAAUUUUGUAGCGGUGAUUGUGGCCCUUGCAAGCUUCGCCUUUGCCACUUGGAAAUCGACACGACAUAUUUUGAACGAAGAAGAAAAAAUAAGGAAAAAGGAACAAAUUAAAAUGGUCGUAAAGAGAAAUCUGUUUUUCUUUCUUUACGUGACCUACCUGAACACUUGCCUAAAAACAGCCCAAGUUUUGCCCCUUGCCUGCCACAGGAUCUGCGUUGACCAGGAGAAAGAUGAAGGGUGCGAGCAAUAUUUGAAAGCCGACUACAGCAUUAACUGUAAAGGGGAGAGAUACAACCGAUUAGUCUUCGUGGGAUACUGUUCCACUGUGUAUGUGAUUGUUCUGCCCGUUGCUGCUUUUAUAGCAAUUUGGAAACAGCAAAGAGCAGAAAGGAAAGCUAAGGAGGAAGCAACAAACGACACAAAUGUUCUUGAAGACCAAAGCACGGUGCAAACGGCAUUACGGUUCUUACACGAGAACUACCACUCUCGUUGUUGGUAUUGGGAAGCGGUGGAGACAGCUCGAAAGGUUAUUUUGACCUCUGGAUUGAUCUUUCUUGGUGGUGAGAGCAGAGCGUACAUUGGAUUGGCUUUGGUUUCGUCUGGACUGUUUAGUAUGUAUUUCGGGCUAAAAAAUCCAAUGAGUGAUCCAUUCGAAAACAAGCUUAUGUUGUCUUCACUUGCCGUUACCUUCGUAAACCUUGCAAUCGGAGCCGUCAGCUCAAUCCCAGAUGAAAGUUUUCCGUCAUCAGUCGACCCAAUCAUGGAUACCCUUCUGUUCAAUGGCUUGAUUUAUGUUGCCAACUCCUUGGUGAUUGGACUCCUUCUUGGUAAGUCAAUAGCAAAAAUUGUUUGUCUGUCACAGUCUUGCUCAUACCUGAACUGACACCUUAUUCAUGUGAUGUUUCUUAUCCGGCUUGACGUAUUUUAUCUUCUUUUUAUAACUAUUAGCACCGGCGUUUCUUGUUUGUUUAAAAGGGAAAUUGUUUUCUGUGGAUGGCUUAUAGAACGAGAAAUAUUCGGAGGAACUGGAGGUGAAUCAGUGAAUAGCACUGGAUAUUCACUGAUUGAGUAGUCAAUCAGAGCGCGUGAAAAACGCUAUCCACUGUUUUAGUAUAUACUAAAAAGUAUAAAAGGCUGGUUUACACGCCACCAGAUUUGUCGGCAAGAUUUUGUAAAGUAAACUUGUCGAACACAAAAAAUUCCAGCCUGAUUUUGUUUUUAUUUUGGUGUCCCUUUGACAAAGAAAUGCAACCUAGAAACUGCAACAUGUAAAUUGACUGUCUCCGAGGACUAUGGUGUCCUAUAAUCGGCCCUAUCGCGUAAAAUUUUAUUUCGGGCUGUCCAAUUAACCUUACAAAAUACCAAGGUGGUGUAUAGGUGGGCAACGGAGUUUUUUUUGUUUAGGAAUAAUUUGCUUUUUAGGCCUACUCUACAGUGAACGAAGAUGAUUGCUAUUUUUUGGGUGCACCUCAGUAAAGACUAUUAACUCGAUGUAAAAUUUGUUUAACCCUUCGUUGUACUGUUUGCAAACUCUUUUUUCUCUAAAAUCACUUAGCCUUCCCUUAAAAAUCACAUGAAUAUGAUCUAAAGUUCACCGAUCUGUGGAUUACAAGUUUAUUGUUUGAAUUAAAUUAUCAAGUUAUUAAAGGGAGCUUUGCUUUUAGCCUGCGAACUGGAGACGUAUUUUCUGUCGUCGCUUCUCUCCCUCCGAAAAAUAACGUCUGCGAUCUCGAGCUGCAACACGAUUUCCAUGAAGUCAGUGUUUAUUAACCAAUCAUCAUUCGGCUCUUAUAUUUGUGAAGCUAACACGCGUGGGGCUUACGUGGGGAUCUCGCUAAACGCGAGAAAAGAUAGGGUCGGAGUUCACUAGAAGACGCGUUUGCCAAAGUAUGCGAUAUUUUCGGGUUUGAGAAGCUUAAACAAGCACCAAGAAGAAGCAAUUCGACAAGUAGUCGAAUUAAAAAGUGAUGUUUAUGAACCUUGAUGCGGAUUGCCGACUGGUUAUGGAUAGUCUGUCGCGUUCCAAGAUUUGUUUCAAUAGAUAAAUGUGAGAAUAACAUGUAAUUGUUAUUUUUCCGCUAUUCAGUCUUAUGGAAGCUCAAGUGAGGCGUUUAUCUUUGCUUGCAGUACAACACGAUAUCGCUUAGUGAUAUCAGCUCGGCGGCGAACAUAAAAAGAUAAAAAGCUGGAUAAAAUUCUAUCGUUUACGGAUCACCAGAAUCUUGGCUUGGUAACGUACGAAGGCGAAGAAUGUCUGCAAGAGAAUCGUACAAAUAGUUGAUGAAGCUAUAUUUUAGGCUGCAAUUCAUUCUUCUAAAUUUAAAUCUGUUCAUCGCUAUCCGUGAGAAUUAAACAUCCUGAAACAAGACGAAACGAGCUGGGCCCAGCGUGAUUCAACAUUGCCGGAAAACAUCACACUCACGGACUAAAGAAAAUCGCCCAGUUAUUCAGGUCCAGAAGGCACUUUGGAGUAAAUUGAAGAACCUAAAACCCUUAUUCAGCCGCAAUAAAGAGCUUUACCCCUCAAAAGCGGUCACAGAAAAUGAUCUUGCAUCAUAGGACAAAUCAUCUUCCCGACCAAAAACAAAAACCACCGAAAAUCAUGACCUCUCAGUGUGAAACAAGCGGCUAAAAUAACAUUUGCUCAGUCGAAACGUAGAACCCUCCAGCAUAAUCUGCCCGUCAGAGGAAAAAAACCCAUUGGAACAAGCAGCUUUUGGCAUGAGGUAAGAGUCGUUCCUCAGAGGCGAUGGGCAAGGAGAAACAUCUGCCGUUUGAAGGCUACUGCAACUGACGUAAACAGAAAAAUGGACACUGAAAUCGACUUCAACUGAGGCCGAUAAAUUAACGCACAAAUCUCCAAUUCACUCUCGCUAAUGAUCUUCACUUUCUCCUUCAGACUGGAAAUUUUACACCUAAGCGAAAAAGAAAAAAACAAUGUCCUUUGACCGAGGAAACUUUUUUCGGCGUUUUCCCUCUCAUAGCUACAUCAACAGUUGGCGGUCCUCGCGAUUUCGCGCGUGCAAUCAGUGGCAUCUUUCUAUCACUCAAUUUAAUUGGUUGAGGACAGAAGAAAACAAACGACGUCCCGAAAAUCGUUUCGCAGCUGGAGAUCGCAGACGCUAUUUUCGGGGAGAGAGAAGCGACGACCGGAAAUACUCCUGCAGUUCGCAGGCUACUUCGCUUUUAGCCCUGGCUUAAUCGAUAUACGAUAGGAGUAAUCGGAGCUUAGGAGAGUGCGUUCGAUAUGCAUACGUUUGUUAGGCGCAUAGGUAACAGUUCAGGGAGAAGGGUGAAUGGCUUUUGCGAUAACUAUGAUUAUACCCGGAGUAGUCAAUCCAUAAAAAUCAGUAUCGAUAAAAAUCGAUAGCAAUCAAGUGAUUUUUAUCGAUUGAUAACGAAAAUCGGUGAAAAUCGAUAAAUCAAAUUGCUGUGUCAAAUCGAUAUUAUGGAUUUUUCAUGAUUUUAAUGAUUUAUAACGGUAACUCCGACAUUGUUGUUUUUUGGCAUAAGUUAAAUAGUACAGCUGAGAAAACACGUGACGAGCAACAACUGAUCAACAAAAAGGAAAUAAGAAAUGUGGAAACUAUUACAGACAAACAGUUAUCUCUAAAACCGUGAUCCUUUUGUACAUAAUAACAGAAAAGGUUCGGUUUAAUUACAUUCGCAUUUCUCGCAGGCAAGUACCACGAGAAAUACAACCUUAGAUAAAAGAUUUCCCAGCCUGAGUUUCAGGCAUCCUCUAGAGUCAAAGGGAUGCCCGAAAUUCAGACUAAAAGAUUUCUCUGGAUAGCUUUUCACCGUUUUCCGUUACCAAUCGAAAAAAUCACUUGAUCGCUAACGACUUUAUCGAUUUCGAUUUUUAUCUAUUGGCUACUCCGGGAAGUAACUACACGCCGAACUUUUUUGAAAGGGUGGCAGAUCUAAAUCGUGAAAAACUGGGAAAAAUAUAAAACCUGGCCAACCUAGCAAACCUGACCAAUAUCGGUCAUCCGAAGAAGACUUUAUUUAAUUUAAAGCGGGUUUUAAAGAAUAAAUAAUAUUUGUUUUAACUUUUUUUUUAAAAAAAGUGAUAGUAAAUUGUUUGAUCCCUCGACUCUCAAUUGCAGCUCAGUUGUCAACAAAUUCACUGUUUUCAUGAAAUCAGUUUUCAUUUUUGGAUGAACAGAAGAACAGAUGUAUCUUCCAAUAAAAAUCGGUGGGAUCGGUAAAAUCAAGAUAAAUCGAUAAACGAAACUAGUGUGUCAUCGAUUUCUACCGAUUGGUCGAUACAAUCGAUGCCAAUCAAAUCAGAUUUACCGAUCUUUAUCGAUUUAUCGAUUGAUAAAUCGAUAGCGAUUUUUAUCGAUUGACUACUCCGGGGAUUAUAGCAUAUUUUGAACGUAAGGAUUGGGUACAGCGAAACUUCUAUUUAAACUGUGUAUCAUUAUGAAAAGGUUUUGAAGGCUAGUGAUCAUAGUCAUAUCGUAUGGUUCGUCUCAAGUGGUUGUAAUUUGAGGAGACACUGGCCAGAGUGCGUCGGGCGUGUAGAAAGAACGUGUUGUUUUAUUGGUGCAAUAGAUGUUCUGCAGGGCGCAGUUGUUCGAAGGCCGAUUAGCGCUUAACCCGGGUUUCUUUUUCUUUUGUUCAAAAACAUUUCUUUGGAUAAUUUUCUCUGCUAUUUUCAAGAGCAUCCGAUCAUCAACUUUUUGACAAAAUGAAGCUUUCACAUCGGAAUUCAAAUUUCGAUGUAGUCAUUAAUUCUAUUUACUGGGGAUCCCACAUGCAGACAAUACUGAAAUUUACUAUGAAAUGAAACCGUUACUAGCUGGCAAGUCUUCUUAACUUGUGAUGAUUUUAACGAUCGACCCAAGUCGGACCACAUUUUUUUCGAGUGUAUUGAUUUCAGUGACUUGAGUGGCGCUACUGUGGGCUGGUCACGUUUUUCCGAAUUAAUAACAUAGAGCUAAAAUGUUCGUUUGUCCGGUGCCGAAAAUAUCACAAGUCAUGACGAAAUGGCGCCCCCGAACUUCACAUCUCGGUAGAUUUACUUUGUGGAACAACGGCCGCCAAGCUACACAACUUGGUAGAUUUACUUUGUGGAACUACGGCCGCCAAGCUACAUAACUCAGUACAUUUACUUUGUGGCACAACGGCCGCCGAGCUAAAGAGCCCGGUUUGAUGCAUGCACCAGGAGUCGCACGCAUUUUCCAAAGAAAAAUAUGAAGGCUUAAUCCAAAGUAAAAUUUUACCCAGGGUGUAAACUUUCAGCAAACUUUUGAAAGAUGAACGCUUUGGAAGGUUCAUUAAACACAGAUCGAUAGUAGACCUCCAGCAAACUCUUAAAUUUGUACGCUUUACGAAGAUUCAGCACACUUUUAAAAGAUGAACGCUUUAUUCCGGGAGCAUAUGUCACUGAAAAAAUUUCAGAGGGAUUUUUGUGAUGAUUUCAAGCGACCAGCGUAAAAGUGUUGAGGGGGACCUAAGGAACAUGUUGAAUGUUGUCGGCACUUCUGUAAUUAGUGCAGGAUGUUUUAAGGGGCACUGAAAAAUUGCCUAUUGAGAUUUACAUGAAAACGAGGUUAAGGUAUAGAAAUGCUUAAACCACUGCUGCAUGUUCAAUCACGCUCUUUUCUGUAAAUGUCCUAAAAGUAAUAUUUCAUAAGAUAUGUAGGAAUGUUAUAUUACCUCAACAUUGCUGAAAAUCAAAAGUCAAAAUCCACAUUUUUAUUUCAAAAGAAGCCAGUUGCUUCAGGUGAAAGAAUUAUUCCUUGAUAUCAAUGGGAGAAAACAACUAAUUUGUCCUGCAACAAAUGUACAUAUUUACUCUUUUUUUCCCAGCACUUAAAAAGUGAAGUAUAAUUAAGCUAGAUUUCCUUUAUAAUAAAAUAAGAAAUUCUAUUUUAAACUAUUAUAGUUAUAUAGGCUAUUUUUUCUUGCACGCGCUAAUACAUAUUCCAGUUUUCUGGUUUCGAGUUGUGUGUUGACGCAAGAACAUCUGGGAUACAUAUUGCCGUUUUACGUCACUUAUCCAGUAUAAAUGUCGAGUCUAAUAGAGACUGGAGAGACCAAAGACCUCAAUUUAAGUUUUUGCAUUGUUUGUGGCCAAAUGAACGACUUGUGGGGAACCCAGCUUCUCAUAUGAGAGUUUUGACAUGCAUACAAGAAUGGGCGUCUUACGGCCAUUUAGAAUAUUUCUAAAGUUGGUGAAAAAUAUAAACGUUUACAGCUCAAAAGCUUAGGGAUAAAGAGGUAUCGUAGCACAGACGGUCCUCAAGUGGUAUAAGGACGCCAUCCAUACAAACAUAUCUCGCAAUCGCUCACACAUUGUCGAGCAAGAAAAGCUAGGGAGACUGUUCGCAGUCUAUACGGGAAUGUUCACGCAAGCAAGAGAACGGUACGAGAAAGAGUGGGUUGGACCUGUAGUGAAACAAGACGAAAUAUUUCAAAAGUGGCACCAGAGGAGAUGCUACUGCGGCUAACAAGGUCUAAUACAUUAACUUUUAAUUAGCAGAGAUAAGUGUUUCUUUUGUGAUGUCAGUAAGUCUCGCAGGAAAGUCCUUUUACUGUUUUCAGUCCAUCACCCAGUCCUUACGUAACGGCAAAGGAAAAUUCUGGAAACGACCGUCUCCGACCAAAACUGGGUACAUUUAACAAUUAUUCCUUCAGCCCGAAUGGGCUCUGAGUCAAUAGCCCAUGAGGCUGAAUGCCGAAUGGGAUAUUGACUCAGAGCCCAUUCGGGCCCGAGGAAUAAUUGUUUUAUUAAAAUCCAAAUAGCUGGUCAAAAAUAUCGAGACAAAACAACUUUAACUAGUUAAAGCUGGACUUUAAUCCUUUUUUGCCGCCGAAAAGCCGGCGCUUUUCGCUACUAGUGGGCUAUAACAUAUAUAUCCUAGUAGUAGCUCAACCAAUCAGAAGGCAGCAUUGAUAAUAGAUCACUAGUUGGAUUUUACUAAUAUUAAUUAGACAUCAGUGAUGAACAAGAUUUCUUGAAUUAGGUAUCAUAACGUCUGUUGGGUGAAUAACGUCACAAAUUUACUACUCCGAACAAUUAUGCAACGACGCUCCAACAGAGAUUUUAGCAAUGACAGAGAUUAACUUAAGGUGAUUCCAUAGUAAAAGAACCCAACAUAGAUUGUAGCUAAAACUUGGUACACUGAUGUAACAAGUCAAGAAGAUGAUAAAAAAGUAAUAAAAAGUGGGGGUCACUGUGCUCGUUUUGACGUCACAAUGCUGACAAAUACGGCUAUUUAGGACCCUUUUACAAAAACCGCGGGCAGCCCAAAACUAGACAAAAAGGAGAGAUUUUUUCGAUGAUGCAUGUGGCAUCACACAGAAUUUGACUUUAAUGUAUUGUUUAUCCACUUACUUACUAAAAAAAUGCCUUUUAAUGCCCUUGUUUUUACUUUACGUUCCAAAGCAGAAUUAAAUUGGACGCCCGCUUUUCGACCCGUGAUGGCUCAAUCCGUACAAUUUAGUAAAAUUGCCAAAAAACUGAACAUAGAUUUGUGCCAAUUUUUUUCUCAUCGAAAGGAAGCACUGUCCUUGUUAAAAUCAUGAAAUAAAAAAUGGGGGUCACUGUACUCGUUUUUGCGGUAGAGCUGCAGAAAGUGGGCACCAAACGCAUUUUCUCCGAUUUUUGAGAGAGGACUGGGGCGAGUUUCAAAAUAGAAUGUAUGUGAAAGGGGAAAGAAAGUAUUAAGAAAUCCGUUUUUACAGAAUUUACAUCGAGAUAUCACAUUUAGGACACAAUCUGAUAAAGAAAGUGUUUAAAUGAAAAUCAAAGUGAGUAAGCACAAGUUAAACAUCCACUAUCGAGGUUCUCCGAGGGGAGGUCGAACUCAGCAACACGCGUACUGCUUACGUUAUGCACAUUCCCAACACAUUGAGUCUCACCUCGGCAAGAAACAACAGCAAGCAAAAAUUCCAAUAGCGUUUCUCUUCAGUCAACUUCAUUUUAAUAAUAUUACAUCACAUGCUCUUUUUUACGGUGGCCAUCUUGUUAUGCGCAGUAAGAGAUGCGCAGUGCAAAACUAGGGAAUCACCUUAAGAGAAGGCAAGAUAUAGACUAUGUCCGAUUUACCAGCAGCAUAUUCAUGCGAGUAUUAUUGAAGCAAAAAAUGUCCAUGAAACCGUAUGCAAAUGAAAAACACUUCAACAGGUAAUUCAAAUUAUGAUACCUGAAGUGGAAGUUCACCGAACAACAAAUGCUAACGAAUCAGACCGAUUAACCAUUAAGAAGACAGGGGAUGCCGCCAGUCAGUUAUUAGAAAAGAAAAGUACUGACGAUCCAAAACAAAUAAAAGUACUGUUUGAAGCUGCACUCGACUUGUUACGGAAGGCAAUCAAUAGCUGCACGAAAUGAGUGUUUUCAAUGAUUGGCCAGUACGAGUUUUUUGUCAGUUCCGAGAUCGUUGUUUGCACCCAAUGGCAAAACAGGGUAAAACGCUUCUUCUGCAAAGAACGCUUUGAUGAAAAUUCUUGGAAGGUUUAGCUGUUCGUGGCAAAUCAGAGUAAAGAACGACCACUCGUUCACAGAUUAGUGAGAUUGAAAUAGUAAAUAUGGAGCCCUACUCUCAUCCGUCUCAACUGCGAGUUGCUGUUGUUGACGUCAAAAGUUGGAAGAACGUCAAUCUCUUGGCAAGCCGGAAACUAUCAAAGACUGUUCGCAAUUAGCUGAGCGCUUUACUGUCAGCAUCAACUAUAUAUAAGUACAAGUCCAAUUAUGAGGUCCGUCUGGUUUUCGAUAGAUAUGACUUGCCGAUGUCUCUAAAAACAGCUACCUGAGUAAACAGGCAGGUUGAUCAAGAUCCCGUAUAUUAACGUAUUAGUAAUGCCACGCACAUCGACCAGGAAUUCGACCAGGUACCAGAAAGAAGACUCCUUUCUCAUAGUAAGACCAAGAACGAGCUAUCUAGCUACCUAGAUUAUGCUAUGGAGACAAUUCUACGAGCUGUUGUGGCCUGGUGAUGCCAGUGUCGUGCAACACAUCAAAAUGUGAACCAUCUUCAAAGUGAGCAAGAAGAAGCACACACGAAGAUGUUGCUACAUGCUCUGGACGCAACUGCCAAAGGUGCAACGUAGCUUUAUAUCCAUUCUCCAGACACAGCCACUUUACUUCUGCUUCUAAGGCCCUAUCUGGAGUUGUGUGUGAAUAUAUCGUUUGUCGCUGUUGGGGGGGAUAACCAUCGUGCGAUUGGCCUUGGUCCAAAAGCUAGCGACCAAUAACAUCGCGACGUAAUUGACCAAUUAGAUCAAUAACCAGAGUAUAAUACCAUCAACUGACGUGAUACAACUCACUUUGACGCUGAAGAUGACUACCGUACAGGUUGUCGAAACGCCAGUCACUGUCAACAACAACAGUCCUAUUCAGGAUUACGUUCUCCCGGACGACCAAAAUCAGCCUAGGCAUACUUUUAAAAUGAAUCCUGGGUUAAAACCUUUCACAGUAUAACUAUUAGAGCAACAUGCUGUGAGUUCAUUUUCUGCAGUAUAUAAUUCAUUACUUUUAAAAAGGGCAGUUUCUGUGUUGUGCUGUUUUCUGUACGCAGACUGAAAAUAGCCAAUAGACGACGAUAAAUUGAUGGUCUUGGUGAUAAUAGGCAGAAGUAAGUCAAUGCAGUUGACAACUAACGGUGUUGGCAUCGGAUCAAGUUUGCAGGGCUUUUUCGAGGAGCUUUCGAUCAAAUUGCGCACAUCAUUUUCAGACGGCUGUGAAAACUGUCCAUUAUGCUGCAUGGGCGUAAGCAGCUGUUGUUGGAUGGUGGAAGAGAAGACAAUCCAGAAGCCAUGUUGUCAAGUUUAGCUUGAAUGUUGACGGUCUUCUCUUUAACGUAGCUACCCAUCUCAUCUGCAAAUGUUAGCUUGUCUUUAAAUGGCGGAUAAGGUACUUCAUGGGUGCGACAGAUUUCAAGUGAUUUUAAACUCGUCCGAUGAACAGCGAUGAGAUUCUUAGCAUUUGACCCACGAUUGCAGCGUUUGUUUACACUGUGAUAAUAUGGUAAUUUCUGAUCAGAAUAAUAAAAUUGGGUCGUUCUCUCUCUUUCUCUGCCAAAUACAACUGGUAUACGACGCAGUCGUUGUUUUGUUGUUACCUCAGCGCGCACAGGUCGAGUCCUAAGAAUGUAAAGGUCCUUCAAGGACAGAAAAAAAUUUCUUAAAACAGGAGUCCGUGCACGAAGUUCCAAUAGUUGUUAUCUUGAGAAUUUAUAAUCAGUGUGCUUGGCGGGGGAAUUUAAAUUCGCAAUCGAUCUUAUGGUUGCCUGUAUCGGUUGACUUUUGCUGUAGACUUUGACUUAAUCCAGUACAUUUAGGAAUCUGACUGCAUGGAACAGGUUGAAUCUGAAUAUCCAUGGCGAUUGCGAUGUCUUGGUGGGAGAACGAAAGAAAUAAACAGAUCUCGCCAUGUUUUUGCCAGACAGAUCGGGCGAGCUGGAACGGGCAAGCAAUGUAAUAUAACUUUCCUCUGUUGACGAUUACCAGAGUUCCACGCAUUCAGACGGGCUGGACGUCACCGGGUGUUUUCCUGGUAAAGGGAAACGAACUUCCAUGCUGGAAAACGUUCAUGUGGACGCUUUAGGAAACCUUGAAACCACAGUGCAUCCCCCAGACAACGUAUUGGCUUUUGUGGAGAAGUUUAUAUGCGAGCAUUAUCAGCCUGGAACCGGCGGUCACUCACAUGUCAAGGAACUAAGAUGGUAUAUGUUCGGAGAAAAUCAGUGGAAAUCGGAUAGGCUUUCACCAAUACAAGAGACAAUUCUCUUAGCCCCUUAUCAAAUGAGGGUCUGGAACAAUGAUAAAGUGUGCUGUCCUAGCUGGCCACAGCCAUAUGGAUUCGGGUGGGAGAAUCCGGGAAGAAAAAUGGAUCCCCUUUACGACUAAAGAAGCACCUACUCCUAAAGCAAUCGUUCAAUUGGUCAAGUGCGGCUGUCAUAAGAACAGAUGCUCAAACAAACGAUGCCUGCCUGAAAUCAGGGCUGAACCUGCACUUAACUCUGUUCUUGCUGUGACAGUGAUGAUCCCCGAGAAAAUGCAUGUGAAGAUACUGAUACACUAAAAGUUGAGUACGAGGACACUUACAGCGAGGAAUAAUAUAUAGAUUUAGCCAUGGCUAAAAGCGAGGCUCCCAUUAAUAAAUUUAUAAUUUAAAUCAAACAAUAAACUUGUAUUCCACAAUUAAGUUUACUUUAAGCCGUGUGCAAACGGAUGCAACACUGUUGGUCAACAACUCCAACAUUGUUGGGAGUUGCUGCGUCCGUUUGUGCGUAGCUAAAAGUUUGACCGGUUUCAAACGUUGCGCAACAACAUCCAACAACAUGCAACAGGGUGUACAAACAGACGCAACAUGUAACAUCCAGCAAAGUUGGGAGUUGUUGGCCAACGAUGUUGCGUCCGUUUGCACGGGGCUUUAGAGCACAUUCAUGUGACUUUUGAAGGAAAGGCUAAGUGAUUUUAGAGAAAAUUAUUUGCAAACAGCCCGAGAGUGAACCAAAUCUAACAUCGAGUUGAUAGCCUCAUAUGUACACCUAAAAACUGGCAAUCAUGUUCGAUCACAUUUAAAAGCCAUAAUGGCUCUUGAUCACCACUGAUUAACUAGGUCUGGAAAAAAAGCAGGCCGAAUUUUUUGUAUUCUACAGGUUUACCUUACAAAAUCUUGCUAACAAAUCUAGGUGCGUGCAUUUAUACAUCACAUCUGAGGUGAAUCAGUACUACGAGGCAUUGUUUUUAUCAUACAGACCUCGGAAAGAAUGAACUAUUUCACAAUUUUGCAAUACAAAUUGCACUCAUUCAAUAUUCAGGACGAUGGACGCAUGCGUGGGCUGUUAGCUAAACCGUUCAAAAAGUUUCCAAAAUCACCUAUACGGCCAGCCGGUUAUCACUUUUGCAGUGCGAGAUGUGGUCGAGUGUUUGAAUGAACAUUAAUAGAGUUACGCUCCAACAUAACAAGAAUUUAUUAUGUUUAUUUUUUAUUUAAAAAUAUACAUUCCAUUGUGAUUGGCUAAGAGAAAUGCAGUUUUUAGGUAACACGGUGCAGAAAAAAAGUAAUUUAGUGCAAGAAAAGGGUAACAAACGUGACAUUCUGAUUGGUUAAUAAACAAAAGAACCCGCUGAGAGCCAAUCAAAUGCGCCAUUUAAAUGGCGCAAUAUUUGGAUCCGCUCUGGACCAGUUUCGAGCAAAAACCGAAAUGGUUUGCGUUUGUAGCACAUUUGCUUUUGCAACCGAAACAACCAUAGAGUAGCUGAAAAACUGCUCUAAAAUGAAAACAUUGCGAAAAGCACAGGUUUUUGGCUCUCUGUUUGGAAGAAUUGGUGCGUAGAGAAGAAAAUUACUGAUGAAAUAGAAUAUUCGUUGGCUAGCCACAAUUCUAUACAAAAAAACUAUAAAGUGGGCAAAAAACUGCUAAUAUAGAAGAAAGGCAGAGAAAAAAAGAGAGCAAUAGAGAAAGAUCAAAAUAGAUUCGCAAAUUAAGUCAAAAUUUUGGCUUGUGCGCAUGCGUGAAAAACAAAAAAGCUGUUUAAUUACGCCAUUAGUCGGAAAAUAUGCCUUUGUUUGAUGAAAAAUUCAUUUUUAGCCAUUCUUUUAGCCAUGCUAAUUAGUCGAAAACCAGUCCAAGAAGAGGAAUUGGUGAAAAAUGCGGUUAUUUCUCUACUCGCCGGCCGUCACCAAAGGGUUAAAGAAAGUUACCAAUUUGUUUCAAAUUGGCCUUUUUCCUCAUAAAAAUUUGCCCAUUUCAGCACAAAACAGGUUUGUAACGUGCAAAAGAAGAACUUCCAACGUUUAAUUAAUGUUAGUAGCAAUUUUCUUAUUUAGAUGAUUGAGAUAUUACCGUAAAGUUCCGAUAGUAACGACCUCCCGAAAGUAACGAUCCCCCGAAAAAAGCGACCCCCAAAGGCUUAUAAUUCCGAAAGUAACGAGGGUCGCUACUAUCGGAACUCUACGGUAGUUGAAUAGGCUAAUUUCAAAAGCAAAAUGGCGGUCACUGUGACGUCAUACAUAUCUUGACUAACCUUAACCUUAACUUAACAAUGCUAAAAUAAUAUCUCAGAUACCUAGUAGUUCAAAUCUUCUUUUAAAAAAUCGUGUGUUUAAAUUAAGAGGGAAUCAAAGGUUUGUUUAUAAAUCCAACGUGGCUACCAAAAUAAAAGUUUAAGUGGCAAAUUCAAAAUUCGAUUUACAAAGUGAAAGCUACCGUUCAAUCCUUGCUAUCAUGCAUUUUUGUGAUGCUUUUUACUCAAAGAUUUAGAUUAUACAAGUUUUGUUUGUUCCCCUUAAGUGAGCCAUACAACCUCCCUAGCUGAUGGACUAUUAGCAUCUACAGUUGACUCCCGAUACCUUGAACCUUCAAGGGAAAUCGAAAAAGGUUCGAGUUAUCGUGAGGUCGAAAAAAAUAGCCAGGAGUAAGGAAAAAACAGUUUUUACUGUAUAGUGAACAUUUUAAUUGCAAUUAAUCGUAGAAAUGUCAAGUGAAAAUUAAAAGAUACCUCUAGAUUAUAAAUCACAACGUAUCAUGACAAAACCUUACUUAAAUAGAGCAUGCAUUUUACUGUUUUGAGAAGUAAAGCUGUUUCACGUUAGAUUUGUGACGAACAACAUCUGCCUCCAAUAGUAAAUUAUAUGCCUACAACACGUCAAUGAGAAAUUCAAAAUUCAUUGUUUGGGACGCCAGUAGACUGUUUUUCCCGACUUAUAAGGGCUCAAAACAUGGUUCGAGUUAUUGAGGGUAAAAUUAUAUAGAAAUGAUCUGAGGGGAAACAAAACUACUUCGGGUUAGUGGGAGGUUCGAGUGACCGAGGGUAAAAUUACAGUAAAUGUAUGACGGAAAUCAAGGGGAAAUCGAUUUUGGUUCGAGUCAGCGCGAGGUUUGAGUUAUCGGGAGUCAACUGUAUUGUGAUUUAACCCCAUACUCAUCCUACUCUCCCGCUAUCUCUGUUUCUUGUUUUUUGUGAUGAAUCAGUUUAUCAUUACGGACAAUCCGUUAAAUUACAAGAAUUUACGGGCGGCCAUCCUGGUUACAAAUGUACGCAAUCUUUAAACCUCAGGAUGCCUCGAAGCUUCUUAUGGGCCUGGGAAAAUUGAAAGUAAAUUUGAAACUAAUUGCCGCACGUAACAGUAGCUCAGGUUCCGUAAUGAAAACUAUGUGGUCUUUUCACUCAAACAAGCAUAUAUUCGACCAGCUACCGAUUGUGCCUUAAUAGAGGGAAAGCUUUCUACAGACGAUGCCAUUCGUUUGAUUUAAUGACUUCACCAAUCGUAAGAAUUCAAGUUUCUAUUCUAAGAAAUGCCACCUUUAAUGUAAAUCAAAGAAGCUCUCUAAGGAUCUUCCGCCAACCAUAUGAUAAGUUUUUAUUAUAGAGACGCUUUAGACCAGUAGUCAAGUUUAUCCUUUCUGAUUGCAGCGUAACUGCGGAUUCAACAAACCAAAAUUAAUAUUACUGAUCAUUUUCACUCGUUUUAAGCUGCGAAAGUUGAUUUAAAUCUUGCGAACAUAGAUGCUGAGGACUUAAUAACAACUUUAAAAGCUUUGAAAGUAAGGAAAGUGGUUCAAUUUUUAUGACAAUAAUUGUGAUGGAGAUGAAAAUGAUGAAAAUGAUCAUGAUGACGAUGAUAUUAAGAAUGGAAACAAUCAGUGACGUUAUCAACAAUAACAGGAUGAAAUAAAAUUGGUAAUAUGAUAAUGUAGAUAGAGUUGGACAAAGUUAAGGACAAAAAAUAUCCUUCAUUGAACUAGUAGUGGUUUAUCAAUAAUGUUACAAAUACUUAAUCUUUCAAUGGCAUCUAAAAAAUUGGCAUGUGGCCUCUUCCUGUCUUCUGAAAUUUCCACCAUCCCCCCUUUUUCCCUUCAAAAACUUCAACCUCCCAAAAAAAUCUUGUCCCCCUCCCUGUGGUAUAAUAAGUAGAAAACGAAAUAAACAGCCUCUUUUUAGAACAAUUAUUGAUUUACAAGUAGUUUAGUGAUCUAUUCUUGCACUCCUCUUAUACAUGUACAUGUGUUAAAAUGCCCAAUGAAAAAUAUCGCGAAUGGGUACAAGACUGACCGCUUGUUUUCGGGACAAAUCAUUCGAAUCUGAAAAGGUAAUAAGGUAAAAAUACUGCAAUCCAUAGUUUACGCUCCUUUGGCCUGUCCCUUACUACGUACAGCAGUAACCACCUCGACGUAUAUAAGGCGCAAAGAUUACUAUAGAUGUAAAUUUGAAUCUAUGAAGGUCAAGAAGUUUUAAUUUGAAUGAGUUUGUUACCUGUUUCAGUGCAAUAUGUGUCGUAUAUCUACCACUACGUAAAAGAAUGGCGAAAGAAUCCAGAAUGGUCAUUAUCCUGCUGCCUGGCCUUGCUACUGCCACUUCGAAAUUUACAAGGAGAGAUAGGUGGACUAGCUGGGAGGGACAUACCGAGGCAGCAACUGCAAACUGACCGAAUCGACAUCCCACCGACUGCUUAUACGGAAAGGGACAAUGCGGCAGUUAUUAUUAUGCUUCAAGAUUAUUACGAUGCGGAACGCAAGGAAGAAGAAGAAGAAGAAGAAGAAGAAGAAGAAGAAGAA